AUGGAAGAACAUAAUAAAGAUAGUAAUAGCAAGAAAGUUGAUACAGAAAAUGAUCUGAUAGAGCCCAUACAAAAUAGAUCAUCGAUCCUUGACGCCAAUGAAUCUGAGCAUAUUGAUGAUCUUAAUUAGGCAGAUGAUAAAUAAGGUUUACUAAUUGAUCAAGAAGAAGAGAAGGUUAUGAACGGAGAAAAAUCUCCAAAUAAUUCUACAGCUAAGAAAGAAUAAAAAUCUCCCAAAGAUAAACAGACAGCUACACCUAAUGAUUACAAAUUGACUGAUGAAAAAUCUUUUAACGGGGAUAAAAAGCAUUAACAUUCUAAUAACUUUGAAAACAAUGACAUUGAAAUAGAGGAAGAGAAAAAAUAGCAAGAUUAAUAGAUCAAUACUACUCAUAACAUACUCAAUAAGCACAAGCAAAUAAUGAUAGGAAAUAGCUAGCCUGUUAAGGCAUUGUUUGAAAACCCGUACGGCUAAUCCCCUGAUUAGGCAUAGUAGAAGAAAAAUAUGGGUAAAUUUACAGAGUUCUUAAUAGCUGAGAAAUAAAGAAAAUUUGUUAGACUACCGAGAGUAUACGGUAAAAGAAAGUCUAUGCAGUUUAAGUGUCCUAAUUGUAAGACAGACAAAGAAUAAAAAACUAAGCUUAAAUAUGAAUGCACUGGUAACUAAUGGUGUGCUUGUAUUGUGUUUUGCUUUUUUGCUUUGUACCCACUAUGCUGCGUUCCAUUUUGUAUAAAAAGGUGCUAUAACAUUAAACAUCUCUGUCCACAAUGUAUGUAUCAAGUAGGCGAGUCAGGAAUAUGA